GUAUCGGCUCAUAGGAGGAGAGAGAGUAGCAUCGCGAGGCAGCAUCAGAAAGAGAGUCAGCGCGCGAGCCUGAGGAGCUACGGAGCAUCUCCACCACCCUCACCCUCACCACCUCCUCCUCCAUCCACCCGCACCACCACCACCACCUCCACCCCAGAGCUGCUCCUCGCGCCUUCAGCAUGCAGCGGAUUUAACGGGCGGAGUUUUGCGCGCGUUCUCCUUCCUGCAGGGUGGAUGAGCGCACGAGCACACGGAGAUGCAACAGAUAAAGAGCCUCGCGCCGCUGCCGCUGCUGCUGUUCCACGCGCUCCUCUGGGGGUCGGCGCUCGGGGGGUCUCCCAGUGUGCAGAUAGGGGGCUUGUUUCCCAGAGGAGCGGAUCAGGAGUACAGCGCGUUCCGGAUAGGCAUGGUCCAGUUCGCCACCAAUGAGUUCAGACUCACUCCGCACAUCGAUAACCUGGAGGUGGCGAACAGCUUCGCCGUGACCAACUGCUUCUGUUCACAGUUCUCCAGAGGAGUUUACGCUAUUUUCGGAUUCUACGAUAAGAAGUCGGUGAACACGAUAACAUCGUUCUGCGGGACGCUGCACGUUUCCUUCAUCACCCCCAGCUUCCCGCUGGACGGCACACAGCAGUUCAUCAUCCAGAUGAGGCCGGACAUCAAAGGGCCUCUGCUCAGUUUGAUCGAGUACUACAAGUGGGACAAAUUCGCCUACCUGUACGACAGCGACCGCGGACUGACCACCCUGCAGGUUGUGCUGGACACAGCAGCAGAGAGGAAGUGGCAGGUGACGGCAAUAAACGUGGGCAACAUGAAGGACGAGAGGAAGGAUGAAGCCUACCGGUCACUGUUCCAGGACCUCGAGAACAAGAAGGAGAGGAGGGUUAUCCUGGACUGCGAGCAGGACAAGGUCAAGGACAUCAUGGAGCAGAUCAUAACCAUUGGGAGACAUGUGAAGGGAUAUCACUACAUUAUAGCAAACCUGGGAUUUGUGGACGGAGAUCUGUCCAAAAUCCAGUACGGAGGAGCCAACGUCUCGGGAUUCCAGAUUGUGGAUUUUGAAGACCCUUUGGUGUCCAAGUUCGACCAGCGCUGGGAGGCUCUGGAGGAGAAGGAAUACCCUGGAGCCGACAGCAAGAUACGGUACACCUCAGCGCUGACGUAUGACGCGGUGCAGGUCAUGACUGAGGCUUUCCGUUACCUCAACAAGCAGCACAUCGACAUCUCCCGCAGGGCCAACAACGGCGACUGCCUGGCUAACCCGGCCGUGCCCUGGGCUCAGGGGGUGGAGAUCGAACGUGCCCUCAAACAGGUUCGAGUGGAAGGUCUGACUGGUAAUAUUCAGUUUGAUCAGUACGGCAGGAGGGUGAAUUAUACUGUCAAUGUUAUGGAGCUGAAAAACAACGGUCCAGUUAAGAUUGGUUACUGGAACGAGGUUGAUAAGAUGGCUGUCACAAAAUCGGACCUUUUCCCCAAUGAUACGAUGGGUCUGGAGAACAAGACUGUUAUAGUGACUACUAUUCUGGAAGCACCGUAUGUGAUGCUGAAGAAGAACGCUGAUCUGUUUAUGGAUAAUGAGAGAUACGAGGGAUACUGCGUGGAUCUGGCGGCCGAAAUAGCCAAACACUGCGGUUUCAAAUACCGGCUGAAGAUUGUGGGGGAUGGGAAGUACGGAGCUCGAGACGCUGAGACUAAAAUCUGGAACGGAAUGGUUGGAGAGCUGGUUUAUGGGAAAGCUGAUAUAGCUGUGGCUCCGUUGACCAUCACCUUAGUCAGAGAGGAAGUGAUUGACUUCUCGAAGCCCUUUAUGAGUCUGGGAAUUUCCAUCAUGAUAAAGAAGCCGCAGAAGUCCAAGCCCGGUGUGUUCUCCUUCCUGGACCCGCUGGCUUACGAGAUCUGGAUGUGCAUUGUGUUCGCCUACAUCGGCGUCAGCGUGGUGCUGUUCCUGGUCAGCCGCUUUAGCCCGUACGAGUGGCACACGGAGGAAUACGAGGACGGACAGAUCCAGACCAACGAGUCGACAAACGAGUUUGGGAUCUUCAACAGCCUGUGGUUUUCCCUAGGAGCCUUUAUGAGACAGGGCUGUGAUAUCUCACCCAGGUCUCUCUCUGGUCGUAUAGUGGGAGGAGUGUGGUGGUUCUUCACUCUGAUCAUAAUCUCAUCCUACACGGCCAACCUGGCUGCUUUCCUCACAGUGGAGCGGAUGGUGUCCCCUAUCGAGAGCGCUGAGGACCUGGCCAAACAAACCGAGAUCGCUUAUGGAACUCUAGACUCCGGCUCAACCAAAGAGUUCUUUAGGCGUUCUAAAAUUGCUCUCUUUGACAAAAUGUGGACGUACAUGCGCAGCGCCGAGCCGUCCGUGUUCGUGAAGACGACGGCGGAGGGUGUGCUGCGGGUUCGGAAGUCUAAAGGGAAGUACGCCUACCUGCUGGAGUCCACCAUGAACGAGUACAUCGAGCAGCGCAAGCCCUGCGACACCAUGAAGGUCGGCGGCAACCUGGACUCCAAAGGCUACGGCAUCGCCACGCCCAAAGGAUCCUCAUUAAGAAAUGCGGUUAACCUCGCAGUACUAAAACUGAAUGAGCAAGGCCUGUUGGACAAAUUGAAAAACAAAUGGUGGUACGACAAAGGCGAGUGCGGCAGCGGGGGAGGUGAUUCCAAGGAAAAGACGAGCGCGCUCAGUCUGAGCAACGUGGCCGGGGUCUUCUACAUCCUGGUGGGCGGCCUGGGCCUGGCCAUGCUGGUGGCUCUGGUCGAGUUCUGUUACAAGUCGCGGGCCGAGGCCAAGCGCAUGAAGGUGACCUUUUCGGAUGCGAUGAGGAACAAAGCGAGGUUGUCAAUCACUGGAAGUACUGGAGAGAACGGCCGCGUGAUGAGCCCUGAGUUUCCUAAAGGCGUGCCCACCGUACCCUACGUCCGGCCUGGCGUGGGCAUGAGCGUCAGCCUAACCGACCUGUCCUGAGGGAUACGACCCUGUCGAGUGCCUUAAAUAAUGGAUUUCUAUAGAACAAAAAUCUUUUUUUUUUCGCCCUUAUUCUUUCUUGCCCUCUUUUUUCUCUCUAUAUAUAUGUUUCUUAUUUCUUUCUUCUUUAUCUCUCUAUCUUUUUCUAUCUCACUCUUUUACUCGUGUGAAUGGGAGUCAGUAUUCCACUCUCAAUAAAAAGAGACAUUGUCCCUCCUCUGAAUAGACUCACAGCGCUCUCCCAACACCAUCUAUCUCCAACACUACAGGGGCUGAUGACAUCAUUCCUUCGGUGGCGGACGUGCGGAAAGCUUCGGCUGCUGAGAGUUCGUGCGGGAAAAUCUCGUCAUCGUCCGAUUAUUCGUGUGUCCGAGUGUUUGUAGCUACUGCCACACUUCAAACCUUCACGUUGGCUCAAGCACACGCCACCAUCGUCCGCAUCAUCAUCAGGAUGUGCAAUGUUCUUUUGUUAAUAAAACCAACACAAAAAAAACGCUACAAAAAUAUUUUUUAUGUAUUUUCACACGAAAAACGGCUUUUAAAGAAAUCUGCUUACAUACCGGUUGCAUAUACAUAUAAUAUAAUAUAUAUAAAUAUAUAAUAUACAGUAUAUACUUGUACAUCUUUAAUCGCUCUGUACUUUUCAAACUACUUCGUUCUUAUUAUGUUUCCUACUUUUUAAACGCGCCAAAUAUAUCGCUCAUCACCACGUAAUUUAUUCUUACCGACUUUCUGUGUAUAACUUAAACUCAUUCAGCUCAUUUCGGUGUUAAUAUGAAGGUGAUGAAAUAAUAUCUAGCAAUGCUUAACAUUUGGAAUCUGUUUGACUAGUGUUGCUGCGGAUAUUACGUUACUACGUUUCUACGUUAUUGCGCUACUUGCUAUGUUUUCAUUACUACUUCCUUGUUUCACUUUGUUUUGUUUAUUUAUUUAUUUAUGUUUUGUUGCUUUUUAAUCAUCAAGGAUCAGGGUAGCAGUUCUGAUGUUCUGAUAAAAUAAGUAAACAAAAAAAAAAGAUGAAAAUGAAAACGAAAAAAAAAAAUACAACAAAUAAUGUACCUUAUUGUAUUAUUGCAUAAUGUUUUGCUGUGAAUUGAAUAGACGCAUUACACAUCAACCAACUGGUCUGUUUAAAAUGCCAAAUAAGUGAGUGUGCCAAAUUAUUACUGAAUAUAGUCCUAUUAUAAUCUGUCAUCAGUGUGAAUGUAGUAAAUACAUUCUGUACGUUUUAUUACUUUCUUUCUUUUUUUCUUUCUUUAUUUUCAAUACAUGUACAGUUUGGUGGCCUAGCGUCAUUAGAAUAAAUUAUUUAGUUACAUGUAUUCAUUUAUUUGUUUAGUAAUUUUUAUUUAUUUUAUUUUCUUUGCAUUAGGCCAGUUCAGCGCUAAUGUUAUAAUUUUAACUCAGUUUUAACAGAUUUUUCCCUUAUACUUUCAUUCCCGAAGUUAUAUCUUUAUGUACUGAGAAACAUAUUGUUACAUUAAUUAAAAUUAGAUCCCAGAACAUUGCUAAGAAUGAUCUGAGCAGCUUAUGACAUGGUUAUGAGCACUGUUGGUCAUUUUUGUUAUAGGAAAUAAUAAAUUAUGCUAAAAUGUGAACCAUUGUGUGCUCGGAAUUACCCAGAACUUUAACUAUAGAGUCUUAAAAGUAAAUUAGAAAUUGAAAUAUUUGCACAUUUGUAUGUUUUUAUUUCUUUAUUUUUGCUUUGCUUCAGUAUUAAAUAAAAAUGUUUCAUUUUCAGCACAAAAGCAAAUUUCACUUAUAUACUUAAUAUCACUAAUCUCACUCUUACUGCUGAUUUAUACCAGUUUGGGUCGGUUCAGUCUCGUUUUCAGACAGUUCUGUCACUUUGUAAAUGAAUGUGUGCCAACUUGGUUAUUUUUUGGGACUCUUUAUAAAUAAAAAAGUGACUAAUAGAA